UAAAUUAAUUAAAAAAAGAAAAAAGAAAAUCGGAAGACCGCGGGAGAAGAAAGAAAGAGGGAAGAAGAAAGCAACGAAACACGCAGUGCCGGCGCCGGCGCCGCCACCUUGGCUGACUCAGACACACUCACUCACUCACAAAGGGCACUAUUUGAGCACACAAACACAGACAUGUUAGAACCAAAGAGGCUGAAUAAAGCAGUGGUUCCUCAGUCCCUUAUCCCUCACCCUUCUCCAGCCAGCCUCCAGUCUACCCGUCUUGCCCUCCAUGCCAAUGGCGACGCCUCGUCUUGCACCGUUUAUAUUGCUUCCGCCUCCCGCAUUUACAAACUCCGGAUUGCAUUGGAGGAUUCAGUUGUUGGUCAAGGAAAACAGAAUCUCCUAAUCCCUGAACGAACUCAGGUAUUGGAAUCAUCCUUGGUGGAUCGAUGCCCUCAUAGGUCGGAAAUCCAGAGUAUUGUGCUUGCUGAAACGAAAAGCAUGGGCCGCUCACUCUUGGGAAGUGUAGACUCUUAUGGUGAUCUUAUUGUUUCUCGAGUGGAUGAUUUCAAUACAGAUGCAGACGGGUCUACAUAUUCAGUAUCUCCCCGAGAUUGUGGUGUUGGAGAAGGCAGUUGGGCAGGGCUUUGCUUUAAUCCAGGUCAAUUGUCUAUGGCAGCUACUGCUCGCAGCUUUUGCAAAAGCAUUGAUAUUUAUGAUCAUGAUAUUCAUCUUCGCACUUUACGUACAUUGGGGUUCCCUACCUCGCUAAUUUUCAUGGACAGUUUUAGUGAGGGCGGAAAUUCAAUGUUAGCCACCACAGAAGGUUCCCAGCUAAGUAUAUGGGAUUUACGAGUGAAAGAAAAUGGGGGCUGUGUGCAAAGAAUCAUGGGAUCUGUCGGAGACAUGUUAUAUGCAGUCAGUAUAUCUUCAUCUGGUAAUAUUGCUGCUGGGGGUGAGGACCGCACUGUGACUGUCUAUGAUCCACGCAGAUGGUGUGCAACAUCUAGAUGGCUGAACUGUUCAAAAUAUGAGAUAACCGGACUUACUUUUUCUUCUGUUGAUCCAAGUUACAUAUAUGUGCAAGGAGUUGAUUAUGAGAUUAUCUGUGGACAAUGGAGAGAAAGAGAGAAGGCAUUUUCAUUUAGAGGGGACUCAAACUGGCUUGGAUUUAGCAAGUGUUCCGACAGGGAUAUUUUGGCUGGGUGGUGUGAUUCGGGUAGCAUAUUUGUUGCCGACGCCUCCUAGAAGAAUGUGGAAAUGACUGUCUGCAGUGAUAUCGAGUAGUAAGUUAUAGCUUCCUCUUCGACUGUAGUUUGCUCGACUUUGUUUGCACUGUUUCUUACGUUGAUGGCAUAAUCUGAGUGAAAUGGUCGGACGACAGAACCAGAGAAGCAUUAGCCUAAGUCGUACAAUCGAGUUAAGAGUAGCAUCGCAAUGGAAAAGUGGGGGUAAGUUUGUCAUCUCUUAUGGGGUAGUUUUGGGGCUUUUACCUAAUUUAAGAUAUGCCUGAAUCUAAUGGCAUGCUUGUAAUUUUGAACGUCUGUGGUAGUAUUUGGAUUUCCUAACGAACUUCUUGAUUUUGCUUUUCCAUGGUAUUUAAGAUGACAAAUUCUCAUUA